AGGGCCGAGUCUCAUGCAAGUCUCGCGCUGUCAGCAUACGUGUCCCACGCACGAGGAGUUCACACACCAGCCGUUCUGACAGCGCACAUCUGUUUGCAGCAGCACCAGUCUCUCUCAUCAUGGGCAACGUUCAACCAACCAUCGUUCCGUUCGAGGACUUCGACGUGCUCGCGGACAUCAAGUCCCUCCGGAAGGCGUGUAAGGGGCUCGGGACGGAUGAGGAGGCCAUUAUUGAGAUCCUGGCCAAUCGGAGCGCAGCUCAGCGCGUGGAGAUCAAGCAAGCGUACUUUGAUAAGUAUGACGAUGAGCUGGAGGAGGUACUGAAGAAGGAGCUGACCGGUAGUUUUGAGAAGGCGACGGUGGCCAUGUUGGAUCCUCCUCCUGUUUACUUCGCCAAGGAGCUCCGCAGGGCCGUGAAGGGGGCGGGCACUGAUGAGGCCGUGCUGGUGGAGAUCCUGUGCACCGCAUCCAAUCAGGACAUCAUGAACUACAAAGAAGCCUACGCCCAAGCGAGCGAGCGAGACCUGGAGGAGGACAUUGAGGGUGACACCAGUGGGGAUGUGAGGAACCUCCUCAUGGCUCUACUGCAGGCCUGCCGGGAUGAGACUUACGAUGUGGACGAGGGAUUGGCUGAGCAGGAUGCGACAGCUCUGUUUGAGGCAGGGGAGGGUCGUUUCGGGACAGAUGAGUCCACGUUCAGCUACAUCCUGGCCCACAGGAACUACCUGCAGCUGCAAGCCACCUUCAAGAUCUACGAGUCGCUGGCGGGGACGGACAUCCUGGAUGCGGUGGACAACGAGGCCACAGGGACUCUGAAGGACUGCUACAUCACCCUGGUGAGGUGUGCCAAAAGCCCUCAGCUGUACUUUGCUCGACGCCUCAACGCCGCCAUGAAGGGGGCGGGGACUGACGAGGACACACUGAUACGCAUCAUCGUGGGCCGCUCUGAGGUGGACCUGGAGACGGUAAAGGACAUGUACCUGGAGAAGUACGACGUCCCUCUGAAGGACGCGCUCUGCUCAGAGUGUGGAGGAGACUUCAAACGCCUCCUCCUGGAGAUCCUGCACUAAACCCUUCAUCCUGUCAUCCCUCCAUCUCCCCCUCUCUUCCUCCUCUCCUUCAUCCUGUCAUCCCUCCAUCUCUCCCCCUCUCUUCCUCCUCCUCUCUGCAGUUCUCCUCCUUCCUCCUCCUCAUCUAACAUGCUAAGUGUCUCCUGCAGCCUAGCUUCUCCAGGGUGUGAUCCUCAGAGAUCUGACCUGAGGCCUGUUCGUCUGCCCAGGCCUCAAUCAGCCAUGUUCCAAGUUAAACCCAAAGAAACACUAGUUUGCUGCUUCCUAAAUAACUGUAUUCACUGUAUGUAAUGAAACAAAUACUCGUUAUUUUCACAAUCUCUUCUA